AUGUACAUGACAAAAGGACCCCCCGCAAAGCGAGUCUUCCUGAUAAAGGUGCGGGCCAUUAUACGACAAAUCCUUUUUGCCCCGGGCGCCUGUCAUGGCCCAGAGUGUUCCCACCCAGUCAGCAAACGACUAAAGGCAGAAGGCUACGACAUUGAGAUGGUUCAUUUACCGUCCGUAGGACCAGUCGAGUACCUUGCCGACUUCUCACCCGACGUUGCCCAUAUCAGAGCCGAGGUCGAACGCAUCGCCAAUUCUGGCCGAAGGAUCGUUGUGGUAGCUCACUCCUAUGGAGGCGUCGUGUCGAGCGAGGCAAUCCAGGGCUUGGACUUGGUAACACGCCCGAAGAACGGUCAGAGUGGCGGUGUUGCCCACUUGUUCCUUUGCUGCUCCUUCGUCAUAUCGAAGGGGAAAUCCGUAAUCGGCACUUUUGGCGGGAAUAACCUUCCAUGGUGGAAUAUUUCGGCAGAUCGCCUUGCCCUUAGUCCCAUUUCGCCCGGCGAAAUUUUCUACGUGUCAACCUCUGAGGUGCAGGGGGCAGUGGCCAGAUUGAAACCACACAGCUAUCAGACCCUCCAUAGUCCCGUCACGUAUGCUGCGUGGAAACACGUUCCUACGAUCUAUCUUUACUGUGUCAAGGAUAACGCCAUCCCUUUUUAUGUUAUCCCCAUUAGGACGGAAACGGUGGACGCGUCUCACAGCCCACUCUUUUCGGUCCCUGCAGAAAUGACGGCCGCCAUACGGAGGGUGGCUGGGGAGGGGGUUUGA